CGGCGCUCGGCCCCUCGGAGGGUGUCAGCUGCGGCCGGUGCCUUGAGCUCUCGCUCCCGCUUCUGGUUCUCCUGUCCGGGGAGCCCGGCGGGCCCGGGACUCCCGUCCGUGCCGGUGCGGGCGCCGGCAUGUGGCUGUGGGAGGAGCAGGGGGGCCUCCUGGGCCCCUUCUCCUUCCUGCUGCUGCUGCUGCUGCUGGUGACGCGCAGCCCCUUCAAUGCCUGCCUCCUGACCGGCAGCCUCUACCUCCUGCUGCGCCUCUUCAGCUUCGACCCGGUGCCCUCCCGCAGGGCCCUGCAGGUGCUCAAGCCGCGGAACCGCGUCUCCGCCAUCGCCCACCGCGGCGGCGGCCACGACGCCCCCGAGAACACGCUGGCGGCCAUUCGGCAGGCAGCUAAGAAUGGAGCAACAGGCGUGGAGUUGGACGUUGAGUUUACUUCUGACGGGAUCCCUGUCUUAAUGCAUGAUAACACAGUAGACAGGACGACUGAUGGCACUGGUCGAUUGUGUGAUUUGACAUUUGAACAAAUUAGGAAGCUUAAUCCUGCAGCGAAUCACAGAUUAAGGAACGAUUUCCCUGAUGAAAAGAUCCCGACCCUGAGAGAAGCCGUGGCUGAGUGCCUAAGCCUUAACCUCACAGUCUUCUUUGAUGUCAAGAGCCAUGCAAACAAGGCUACCGAUGCCCUCAAGAAAAUAUAUAUGGAGUUUCCUCAACUAUACAAUAAUAGUAUUGUCUGCUCUUUCUUGCCAGAUGUUAUCUAUAAGAUGAGACAAACAGAUCAGAAUGUAGUAACAGCUUUAAUUCACAGACCUUGGUGCCUUAGCCAUACUGGAAAUGGGAAGCCACGCCAUGAUACUUUCUGGAAACAGUACUUGUUUAUGGUAAUGGACAUUUUGCUUGAUUGGAGCAUGCAUAAUAUCUUAUGGUACCUGUGUGGAGUUUCCGCUUUCCUCAUGCAAAAGGAUUUUGUAUCCCCGGCCUACUUAAAGAAGUGGUCAGCUAAAGGCAUUCAUGUUGUUGGUUGGACUGUUAACACCUUUGAUGAAAAAAGGUACUACGAAUCCCAUCUUGGUUCCAGCUAUAUCACGGACAGCAUGUUGGAAGACUGCACAGCUCAGUUCUAGACUUCUCCCCCAGGGAGGAAGCACGAGUACAGAAACUGCCUGCUGGCCUCAUGCAGGGAUAUCAAAAUACCCUUUGUGCCAGCCCAAGCCCUGGGGGAACAGGUGGCUUGCACAAGCACUAGUCGUAAUUGGAUUUUUACUUGAACCAAAACCCGGUGUUGCCACCAUGCUGCAUGGAAUGUCUGAGUUCAGCACUGUUGCUCUUGAAAACCUGGGUCUGCAAAAAGGCACAACAGCUCCAGCCCCAACCUAGCUGAGGCAUCCACGGAGACCCAGUGAGGAAAAGCACAGAUGGAGUUGUGCACUUUGGGGGUGCAGAUGCAAAUGCAUGGGAAAUGCACGAUUCCUCAGAGUUGACAUUUUAAAACUUGACACUCUUAUGUAACUUAUGUAUUUAAAAUAUUUGUAUUCAGCUAUGUUGAUGUCCAACUUGUGACCAUACUAAUAAAAUCA